AUGGCCACUCAGCAGCAACGACUUCUAUUGUUUUUGGACUCCGUAGACCAGCUUACGGGGAUUGGAACCGAAAAUAAUAAAGUUUCAUGGCUUCCAUCAAGGCUGCCUCCACAUUGUAAGAUCAUUGUCACUUGCACUUGCGAAGAAUCAAAUCCAGAAGUAUCAAAAGAGUAUGAUGUACUUCGCCGUAUGAUAGACUCCGAGGAAAAUUUUCUUGAAGUGAAAUCAUUAGGAGAAGAUCUAGUCUCAAUGCAAGUUCUAAAGCUAUGGAUUGCAUCAGCUGCCAGGGACCGAUCAAAUUACCAAUGGAGAUUAGUUUCUAACGCAAUUGGCCAGUGCUCUUUUGCCGAUCUUCGUUAA